ACAACAGCUAAUGUACGAUAUUCUUUUCUCAAACUAAAUAUAGUUUCUUUUGAAUUUAAGUGGACUGGAAUACGCAAACGUAGCCUGAUCAAUAAAGAUGACAGUUACUCAAGUGUAUGCUUUACCAAAAGGAAUAAUCAGAUACAGUAGCUUAUGGCUGACUGGAAGUCAUAUGUUGUCAUUAGUAUAUAAUUGGAAGAACACUAAAGCUAAGAAUUGAAGGAAAACUGACAUGGAUGCUCAACAGUUGAUGCUAUUAGCCAUGCUUCUUUUUUCCUUCUGUUCUCCUGCAUCGUUUUCUCUAAUUAGCAACAACUUGGUUUCAGAAAAAAUACAAGACAAUAGUAUAUAUGUAAACGCUGUGAGAGGUGGUGGUGGUGGUGGUGGUGGUGGAGGUGGCGGGGUGCAGGAGGGAGGAGAUGGUGGUCAGGCGAACUCCUCCCCACAAGGAGGCGGCACUGGGGUGGUACCUGUAUAUACAGCCGGAGCAGCUGCAGGUCAACGUAGAAACCACAAAGGUGCUGCUUCAACUUGUAACACAUGUUGGAAAUGGAGAUUUGCAAUACUCAUAGCCACGUCAGCAUCUCUUUUACUACAUAUCACUAGAAGAUGA